CAAGAAAAAGAGAAAAAAAAAAAAGGGAAAUGAAGAAUCUUUGUCACAAAUUGGAUGUAAGAGGUAGUAGGUUUCAAGCUUUAUCAAAACCCAGUUGGGAAGUUUUGUUUCCUCGUAGGUUGUGGUUGCGAACAUGGACAUCAUGGGAUAGGAAGAAGGAGGAGAAGUUGAAGUUGAAGUUGAAGUUGAAGUUGAAGGUGCAGUGCAGCGACGGUGAGAAAGUAGGGUGGGUUGAAUCUGCCACCAAAAGUGCUUUUGAGUUUGGCGUUUCGGCUGCUCUUUUGUUCUCUGUCUUCGGACAAUCGCCUCUCGCUCUCGCUGAGUCCCUCACCGUUGCUUUCCCUGUUUCACGGGCACCUGAGGUAAAUGCAGUUCAAAGAACUCUAGUGGAAGCAUGGGGUCUAAUUCGAGAAACAUUUGUUGAUCCUACAUUUAAUCACCAAGAUUGGGAUUUGAAGUUGCAGCAAACCAUGGUGGAAAUGUUUCCCCUGAACUCAGCAGAUGCAGCAUACACAAAAAUCAGUGGAAUGCUUUCUACCCUUGGAGAUCCUUUCACUCGAAUUAUCAGUCCAAAGGAAUACCAAGGGUUUAGAAUUGGAAGUGAUGGGAACUUACAAGGAGUGGGCCUCUUCAUAAAUGUUGAACCAAGGACAGGACAUUUGGUUGUCUUGUCAUGCAUAGAUGGUAGUCCAGCUGCUCGUGCUGGUAUACAUCAAGGAGAUGAAUUGGUUGAAAUAAACGGGGAGAAGCUUGAUGGCAUUGAUAGUGAAACUGCAGCACAAAGGCUAAGAGGGAAUGCUGGAACAACUGUUACAGUAAAGGUCAAAGACUCUGGGACUGACUCUUGUAUCCGAGAGGUCAAACUUCCAAGGGAGCAUAUCAAGCUCUCUCCUUUAUCAAGUGCUAUUAUCCCUCAUAGAUCCCCAGAUGGGCAUCUCACAAAAACUGGCUAUGUGAAAUUGUCAGCCUUCUCUCAGACUGCUGCUGAAGACAUGAAGAAUGCUAUUCAGGAAAUGGAAAAUCAAGGAGUACACUCAUACAUACUAGACCUAAGGAACAAUCCUGGUGGUUUGGUAAAAGCUGGCCUUGAUGUUGCACAGAUGUGGUUAGAUGGAGAUGAGACUCUAGUCAACACAAUUGAUAGAAACGGGAACAUGUUACCCAUUAAUAUGGUCGAUGGACAUGCUAUAACACAUGAUCCACUUGUGGUGAUUGUCAAUGAGGGAAGUGCAAGUGCCAGCGAGAUUUUAGCUGGGGCAUUACAUGACAAUGGUCGAGCUAUUCUUGUGGGGCACAAAACAUUUGGUAAAGGGAAGAUUCAGAAAGGAGCAAUUGUAGAGACCAAAAAACAAAAGAGAAAGAGUGUGACUGAGCUUCAUGAUGGGUCAGCCCUCUUUGUUACAGUAGCAAAGUAUCUAUCACCAGCUCUUCAUGACAUUGAUCAGGUUGGAAUAACACCAGAUGUUCAGUGCACCACAGAAAUGCUCAAUCCAGCCAAGGAACUUUCAACCAAAGACAAGACCUCACUCUCAUCAUUGGAAGCAGAUUCUUGCAUCAUGGUAGCAGAACAUGAGUUGGAUAUGAAGGAGUCCAAAGGCACUGCUUCUUGAACAUUGCAGUGCUCUUUAUCAUCACAUUUUCUUUCAAUGUUUAUAACAGUUGAAAGGAAGGUUGUUGCUGUGUCAGCCAAUAGCAUCAAUUUGUACAAUGUUACAUUGUGAUCACUAACUACUAUCAGUACAAAAAAUAGAGAAACAGAUUGUAUAUAUCAUUCAAUAGAAUAAUAGAAAAUUUACCUCCUUGUUGAAGCAUAACUGGCAACAUUCCAUGCAUUACAUGAUCUUAUAAA